CCAAAUUUGACAGCUCAAUCCGACAUACUACAAGAAACAACGUACCGUUUCGAUACCUUGGCCUCUCCGGAGGUAACCACCGCUGACGCGACGACGAUGAUAACUGGUCGUUUCCAACUUUCAUUCUUCAUCUUUUUCCUUCAAAUCGCUGCGUUUAGAUCUUCUUCUCCUAUUAUUGCAAACGCUUCUUCCAUCCACUCCAAUCUUACCCACAUUUUGCAGGAUGUUUUGAAGGCAAUAUCGGCGAAACAGAAGUGGGAUUUGAAGGAUGUGAGAGUUUUCAAAUUGGAUGUUGGGAAAGUUAGGUUCGGAAUCUCCCAGAGCCAUGAGUUCCGAAUCGGGUCGGGUAAGAAUAACUUGACCCUGAAAUUCUCGGAGCAAGUUUCGUCUUGGAACAAGUUCAGAACACCCAAACCCGAUUUAGGGUCUCUGAUUCAUCGAGUUAGUUCCUUCGCAGUGCUUGAUGACCUCAAAUUGGAAGGUCCCUUUGAGUUGUGGGUCGAUGGUCUUCACCACUUAUCGCUAUCCUUGCCUAUGAAUGUUUCAUAUACUGGUUUGAAACACAUCCUUGUUGGUGAAGGCAUUACAGUGGAAGUAAGAAGAUCACAAGAAAUCUCUCUUUUUUACUUGUCUGAUUUUGAUCUGCAAAUGAAUGGAAGUACCAUGUGUAGCAAGGGGAAGAUUGGCUUUUGGCCCUUUCUGCAAUCGACGUGCGUGCCUCUUAUUCCCAUUCGCAUAUCAGGGUCUGCAUCUUUGGUAGCUUAUAGAGCUCGGAACCCUUAUGCAUGUAUAGGAACUACUUUGAUUUCGGAGGACACUGUUGAGCUGCUUCCAGAAAAAUGUUACCAUGGUCAUGUGUUUAGAAAGCGGGCCUGCCCCAUUGAUUCCUUAAGUUUGAGAUUAAGUAUGUUGGAGAAAAUUUUGAGGAGUCUGUUUAGUCGUAAGAUCCUUCAAGAUCAGUUUUUUGGCUUCCUUAAGGCAAAUAUUAGAGCAUCAACUGCUUUAAGGUUCCCCUUAGAAUUGGAAAGAGAUAUCGGGAAUAAUGUUACUCUUAGUCGUACAAUACCUGAUUGGAGAACAAUGCCCAGUGUAGAAAGGGUUUGGUUUGAGAUAUUGGCCCGAGUUGAGGAAAACAAGCUCAAGCCUCUUAUGAUCAAGAAAGUGAAACCGUUUAUUGAAUCUGAUUCAGUUUCCUGGGCUAAUUUGAUGUCCAAUAUGUCGUAUACAAAAUUGCGACCUGUUCUUCUUCCUCCGGAGGCUCUUACACUGGAUGUGAAAUGGUAGGAGAUACUCUUGUAAGUUGUAAUAUUUUUGUUGAAACUUUUUUAGGCUGUGUAGAUUCUUCUGUUUAUCUUGUUAUAUACAAGAGUUCACUAAUUCUUGUAAAAUAUCAUUCACGCAUUCAUGAUUGAUUGGUCUUGUAAAUACCAAAAAUAGGAGAGGAGAAAGAAGAGAAAAAUAAUUUUCUUUUACAUCCUUUAGUAACCUUCUAGGAUUUGAACCUAAUUCUUCACUGGCACUUUUGAUGUAGUAGUAUGGACUAGGCUGGUGUUCUAUUUUGGAAUGUGUUUUUUUUUUUUUUUACCUUGCUAAGUGGUUACCCGGUAUUAAAAAAAAAAAAAAUCUUUGGGGGAGUUAUUGAGUGUGCAGUGUGCUUUAUGUUUGGUUAUUAAUGCAAUCUACAAGAACUCAGUCAUCGUUAAUGUAAUAUGACACUGUUGACAUGCUGAAAUUUUGAGGAAGCCUUGUCUUGUUAGCACAGUGUAUUGAAGAUUAAACUUGCAGUAUGGAUCUUGGUCUUGGGCUCUUGGCUUUAUCUUGCC